AUGUCCAACAACGACUACUACGGAGGUGGCCAAGGUGGAGGCUAUAAUCAGCCUCCACAGCAAGGCUACGAUGGAGGUUACAAUCAAUACCCACCACAGCACUCGCAGCAGCCUCAGUACGGCCAACAAUACGGCCAAGAUUCUUAUGGAAACCAGGGUCAUAGCCCUUUACCCCAACAUGAUCCUUACGGAGCUCCUACGAACCACUCAUACCAGAGCCCUCCUCCACAACAGCAAUCCUAUGGUGCACCCCCACCAAACAACUUCGAUCAGGGCUACAACCAAGGAUACGGUGACCAAAAUCGUGGCCAUUCCCCCUACCCCCCCUCAAACCAAGGUUAUGGCGCACCGCCUCAGUCAGGCUAUGACAAUCAGGGGCACCAGCAGAACCCGCAGCAUGGCCAGUACGAUCAGCCUGGCGCACCCGGAGGCCCUGGAGGACCUGCUGACGGCGAGAGAGGUCUCGGAUCUACCUUGAUCGGAGGAGCUGCUGGAGCGUUUGCGGGCAACAAACUCGGUGGAGGUGCACUGGGUACCAUCGGAGGCCUCGUGGCAGGUGCCAUUGGCGCCAACGUGCUGUCCGACAAACACGACAAAAAGAAAGAGAAGAAAAAACACAAGCACAAGCAUAGCAGCAGCCAUGGUAGCUCUCAUCAUGGAAGUUCUCACCAUAGCUCUUCUCAUCAUGGCUCUUCUUACGCUGGUUCUGCAGCUGGAUUGGGGGGACUCUACGCUGGAAGCCAUCACGGCAGCCACGGAAGCGGACACAAGAAAAAGCACCACAGGUCACGCAGUCGGGGCAAGAGUAGCUCGUCGAGCAGCAGCGAUUCUGACUAA